GCAGGUUAGUAGCGUCUGUAAAACCUAUUACUAUACUGACGGCAUUUGCAACGCCAACAAAGCACCCGGCUGGCACAUAAGUAACGGAAGUUCAAAGUUUUUCUCCAAAUAACAAAUAAGUGCUUCUUAUUGUUGUAUUGUAUUCUAAGUGUUUGUGGAUCCAUAAUGCAUUUCGCCGAGUUUUUCAAACUUUGUCAGAAGUUGCUAUUUUUCUUGCCCCUAACCACCGCUAAUAAUCCAGAAACAACUACAACUGCACAGCGCGGUGGUUCUUUCAACUAUGACAACCCCGCCGAAUGGCAACUGGAUUAUCCGCAAUGUGGUGGUCAAAAGCAAUCGCCAAUUGCCAUUAACUCAAAUAAGGUAGUGGACGUCGAUAUUUCACCGAUUGUAUUCGGAAACUAUGAUGUCUUUCUUUCCAACUAUAUURUUUUAGAGAACAAUGGACACACAAUCAAAUUCAAUGUACCACCAACAAUUGAAAAUCAGAUACCGUACAUUACAAAUGGACCACUUAAGGACAUCUACGAAGCCGUAGAGGUACACUUCCAUUGGGGUUCACCAUUGACUAAGGGUUCCGAGCAUCAACUCAAUGGCAAACGUUAUGACGUCGAAAUGCAUGUAGUACACAAAAACUCAAAAUACGAAACUGUGGAGGWGGCGCGCGAGUUCGAAGAUGGUCUUUCGGUGAUAGGCGCUUUCUUUAAAGUGGAAAAGACUAUUGCCAGUAAUUUCUUCCCUGGUCCGAGCACGGUCUUCAACACUGUGCCGUUUGUGCUUCGUUAUAAUUCAACGGCCUCGACACGACAAUUGAUUACAUUGGGCUCGCURCUGGCGAAUAUUAAUCGUGACAACUUUUACACCUAUCAGGGUUCACUSACGACACCGCCCUGUUCCGAAGCGGUCACAUGGGUUGUGUACCCGRAUGUUAUACCCAUCUCUGUAUUUAAUCUGAAAAACUUUUGGUUUGUACGCGAUGAGGAGGGCCGGAAAUUACUAAACAACUAUAGACCUUUGCAACCGAUUGGUAAUCGUACAGUAUAUUAUCGAUCAGAUAUGUUUGUAGUKGAUUAUUACUAUUAGAUUUGGAUUUUUUUAUGGACUUCAAAAAAAGCAUGAAAGCACGGCUUUUUUAGAGACUAAAUAUUAGAAGAAUUUAGUUACAAAAUAGCCAAUUUUCGUAUUUACAUUUCGAAAGCCUUAAAUUAUUUUUAUAUUGUUAUGUAAAUUUGUUAAUACUAAAAAUAAAGCAGUAAAAUGU